GUAACAGUUGAAGUUAACUGUAUUUGAGCAGAAGUGUGUCAAGAUGGACAAUGAUGAAAAUACAUAUGCCAAUGCAAGUUCCUUCAGGGCCAGCCCAAGAGAAGGAACAAGAUAUUUCCAGUGGUGGAAGAGACCCUCCAGAGCUGCUGCAGUGUGUCUGGGGCUGCUGUGUGUUCUCCUACUGGCUGGGAUCAUAAGCCUGUCUGUCUACCAGAGAAACCAAUCGACCAGUUACAACAACUUGACGAAAGCGAGAGACCAGCUACAGAAGGAGAGAGACCAGCUACAGAAGGAGAAAGAAAACCUGAACAAGAAGAUCAAAGGGAGACGCUGUCCAGAAGGCUGGAGGGAGUUUGAAUUCAGCUGUUACUACAUCACCAAUGAGAAUAAAACCUGGACUCAGAGCAGUGAAAAAUGCCAAGAGUUUGGAGCAGAUCUGGUGAUCAUAAACAGCAAAGAGGAACAGGUAUUUAUCAAUGGAUUAUACCAAACAAAAAAUAAUGUCUGGAUUGGUCUUACUGACUCAGUUACUGAAGGGACCUGGAAAUGGGUGGAUGGUACACCACUGACCACAGCGAAUUGGGGGAAAGGGCAGCCCAACAGCAACAAUGGAACCGACCAGGACUGUGGGGAGUUUGUAUAUCGUCCAACUAGUCAAGGGUGGUGGAAUGAUGAUAACUGUUCCAUUAAACAAAAUUGGAUCUGUGAGAAAUAGGAUAAUAGUUCCUCUCUCUGCACUGCUGUUGAAAAAGGACUAUUGUGAUGGUCUGAAGAUUGAUGUUUUUUGGUAAAAUAGUACAUUGCAUUAGACUAGGGAGAGAAAGGCACAGGCACACACAGUUACCAUUUCACACGAUAUGUAUAUCAUUAAAUAAAUUACUUUAAGUUUUAGUUAUCCAUUCAUUUGAAAUUACUGUAAUAUUAAUAUUGUAAAAUGGUAUUGUUAAUUUUGCUUCCAUUAUGCUGUACAUAAAUAAGAUGUACUUUCUGCUUAUUCAAUAAA